AUGACCAUCCAUGUAGAGGGGCUUGUGGCUAUCGCGGUCUUCUACCUGCUCAUCCUCUUUGUGGGCAUCUGGGCGGCAUGGAAGAACAAGCACUCUGGGGAGGCGGAGGGCACCGACCGCAGCGAAACCAUCAUGGUCGGCGGGAGAGACAUCGGAUUAUUCGUCGGAGGAUUUACCAUGACAGCGACCUGGGUCGGAGGAGGAUACAUCAAUGGCACAGCUGAGUAUGUGUACCUGCCAGAUUAUGGCCUUGCUUGGGCACAAGCUCCUUUUGGAUACGCGCUAAGUCUUGUUGUGGGUGGUCUUUUUUUCGCAAAGCCCAUGCGCUCACGAGGUUAUGUCACCAUGCUGGACCCGUUCCAGCAGCUGUAUGGGAAGCGGAUGGGUGGCCUGCUCUUCAUACCUGCUCUCAUGGGUGAGAUCUUCUGGUCCGCUGCCAUCUUGUCCGCCCUUGGUGCUACUCUGAGUGUGAUUGUGGACAUCAACAUUAAGAUGUCAGUGGUUAUCUCCGCACUCAUUGCUAUCUUCUACACCCUGGUUGGAGGACUCUACUCUGUGGCCUACACCGAUGUGGUGCAGCUCUUCUGUAUCUUUGUGGGCUUGUGGAUCAGCGUUCCAUUUGCUUUGACCAACUCAGCGGUGUCCGACAUCACUGUAACUGCAGUGAAGCAAGUGUACCAGGCACCCUGGAGAGGUAGUGUCAACAAGAGCGACACCUGGGUCUGGUUUGACAACUUCUGUCUGCUGAUGCUUGGCGGCAUACCCUGGCAGGUGUAUUUCCAGAGGGUGCUGUCCGCCUCCUCAGCUACCUACGCCCAAGUCCUGUCCUUCUUGGCUGCUUUCGGCUGCCUCGUUAUGGCUGUGCCCUCUGUUCUUAUUGGAGCCAUAGGGGCCUCCACAGAUUGGAACCAAACAAGCUACGGUGGAAUUCCUCCUAAAGACAAAGACGAAGCAGACAUGAUCCUACCCAUAGUGCUCCAGCAUCUUUGCCCGCCCUUUGUUUCUUUUUUUGGCCUGGGUGCAGUGUCUGCAGCUGUCAUGUCAUCUGCAGACUCAUCCAUCCUCUCUGCCAGCUCCAUGUUUGCAAGGAACAUCUACCAGCUUGCUUUCCGGCAGUCGGCGUCGGACCGUGAGAUUGUGUGGGUGAUGCGCAUCACUAUCUUUGUGUUUGGAGGCCUUGCCACACUGAUGGCGCUGGUAACAGGGACAGUUUAUGGCCUGUGGUACCUGAGCUCAGACCUGGUUUAUGUCGUCAUCUUCCCCCAGUUGCUCAGCGUGCUCUUUGUCAAAGGCACUAACACAUACGGCUCAGUGGCUGCCUACUUGUUUGGCAUGGUGCUGCGUAUAGGUGGAGGGGAACCCUACCUACAGCUGCCCCCUUUCAUCUACUACCCCGGCUGGACCACUGAGCAGCGGGUGCACCACAUGACUGGAGAAAUAGAAGAAGUUGUCAUCCAGAAGUUCCCUUUCAAGACAGUCUCCAUGCUAGCCUCCUUCUUGGGUAAUGUUUUUGUCUCUUACCUGGCCAAGUACCUGUUUGAGAGCGGCAAGCUGUCACACAAAUACGAUUUUCUCGACGCGGUGGUGUCCAAGCACAGCGCAGAGAUUAUGGAUAAGACAACACUUGUGACUCGUGGCAACAACAUUGGGCUGUCAGAGAUGGCGCCGGUCAAACCACGGCUGAGUGUGACCUUGGCAGCCGCCUUCACACGCCGUGACACACUGCCCACAACAACGGUAGAGGAAGAGGAGGAGUCCAGCCCUGACUCCUCCCACCAUGAUGAAGAAUGA